CUGAACUAUUUCCCACUUUGAAGAUGCUGUCUGACCGGCUCAGUAUUUCAAGUAUUUGAUAUGGUUAUAUAUUUUUACAAUUUUUGUUUUGGUUUACAAGUUAGCAGGAUUUAAAAGGAAAGUGGGUGCAUAUUUAAGAACUAAAACUGAGAGAGGGGCAUGAGAAUGGGGGUGGAGCGGAGCACAGCAUUAAAGAGCUAGCACGAAUCCAAAGGGCCGAACAGUUUAUUUCUUUUUGUUUUCCCACGUUGAGAGAUAAAGGAGAGGCGGGGUCAAGAGUUUAGCUUGACCGCAUUAUUCAAGUCAGUGGUGCGGAAAUCUUGAUAAGUAACUCUUCAAAUCUGUCCCGAAUGCCCUCCCUUUCUCACGGCUCCCGGAAGGAUCGAUCCCUUGGUGCCACGUCAGGGUUCAGACCGACCCUAACACCGCUUGUGGUCGGCGAGAGGCGGGGCAAUGGGAACAAGGUGAAAGGAUUUUCCACGAAACACAAAGAGAAGCCGAGUACCAGCCGCGGGGAGGAGAGAGGGCAAACCAGCCACUCGGUACCGGGCAGCACUCAGUCUCCCCCUCCCAGCUCCUCUCCGGUCAUCAUGUUAUUUCCUUUCUUGCUAUUCAUGCCUUUGGCAUCCGCCAAUUUAACCGAGCUGACCUUCGAGUUGGCAGACAGAGAGAUUCAGUGCUUCUACGAAGAGUUGCAGAAAGAUGCCAAGUGCAACUUCGUUUUCCAGGUGGUUGCAGGUGGUCACUAUGAUGUGGAUUGCUUCAUCGAAGAUCCCAGAAGGCGAAUGAUCUACAGGAAGCACAAGAUACGGCAGGACAGCUUGGCUGUGAAAGUGGAGCUCUCCGGUGUCUACAGCUUCUGCUUUGGCAACCAGUUCUCCACCUUCAGCCACAAAAAGAUUUACUUCCACCUUGAAGUCGGUGAGGAAAUUCCCAUUUUUGCCACUGCUGAGGGCAAGGACAGUGCUCUCACACAGCUGGAAGCCUCCUGCCUUUCCAUCCAUACUGCACUGCGGAGUGUGAUGAGCAUGCAGACACAACAGCGGGUGCAGGCAUUGAUUGAUCACCUGCACGCAGAAGACGUGAACAGUCACAUUAUCUACUGGGCAUCUAGUGAGACCAUCAUCCUUUUCCUGGUUACUGUGGGCCAGUUGAUUAUCGUGAAGAGAUUCUUCACUGAUCAAAGGGCCAAUAUAAGUGUGGCCACCACAUAACCACCUAACAUCCAUUGGCCACUGGAAAUAAAUAUGCAACAUUACUGUAGCAAAGGCAUUGUGUGACAAUCAACGUGCAGUGGUCAAAGAGAAGAUUAUAGUCAGUGAAACUAGUUCCCAUUUAACUACAUGUUGCAAAGUGAGGGAGAGAGAUAUCUGUACCUGUGGCUAAUAGUUACCACUUCUUAAGAUGGAGAAAACCUCUUCAACCGUAGGACAAGCUGACAACCAUAAAAAAAGCAAAUAACUUGCACAUAAAAUGCC